AUGGGUAUAACGUAUCGAAAAAAGAAACGGGCUCCUAAAUAUACCGACAAACAACUUGAAGAAGUUCCAACACAUGCACGCCGGUUAUACCGAACAUUGUUAAAUGGUAAUGUUGAAUUGGUGAUGGAUGAUGAAAAAUAUUUUCUGUUACAUAAUGAAUCAAUAUCUGCUAAUCGUGGUUUUUAUACAUCUGAUCCAAAUGCUACACCACCAGCAGUGAAAUUCAAACGAACACAAAAAUUCGAACCAAAAAUUUUGGUAUGGAUUGCAAUAUCCCAAAAUGGCAUCUCGAUGCCAUUCUUCAAAGAACACCAACAAGCUGUUACUCAAAUGACUUAUCUGGAUGAAUGUAUUAAACACCGUUUAAUGCCGUUUAUCGAAGAAUAUCAUCAUAAACGAAAAGUGUUAUUCUGGCCUGAUUUGGCGAGCAGUCAUUAUGGUCGUAAAGUGAUGGAAUAUUUAGAUGAAUAUGUUAUUAGUUUUGUAUCUCAAGAAAAGAAUCCACAGAACUGUCCUCAAGCUCGACCUGUUGAGACGUUUUGGUCAAUUCUUGAACAAAUGGCCUACAGCGAUGGUUGGGAAGCAAAAAACAUCGAUCAAUUGAAAAGAAGAAUAAAAAAAAAGUAA